CCGCACGCUGAUAAUCAUUAAUUCGGCAGAUAAAGACAGGGUUAUAAAGCUUCAAGUUGCGUCUAGCGUGUUUCAUUGGCACUCAAAAUGUUGGGCGCAAAGCAAGUGGGCGUCCUGGUGCUCGUCGCCACUUUCGCGAUCAAUUCGUCUCUGCAGCAAGGAUGCGAGCCCUCUGUGACGAAGCUCGGCACUGGCGGCACCGUUUGCAAAGGGGCGCUCGUUUUCAGCGACGAAUUCGACACCCUCAACCUGGACACGUGGCAGCACGAGAUCACUCUUGCGGGAGGAGGAAACUGGGAGUUCCAGAUGUACUACAACAACAGGUCCAACAGCUACACGAAGGACAGCAAAUUGUUCAUUAGGCCUGGCUUGACUUCUGACCAAUAUGGAGAGGCCUUCCUGUCGUCAGGUGUGCUUAAUCUCCACGGCGGUGCUCCCGCUGACGAGUGCACCAACCCGUCCUUCUACGGGUGCGAGCGUUCCGGCAACCCCACCAACCUGCUCAACCCCAUCAAAUCAGCCAGGCUGCGCACAAUCAACUCAUUCACCUUCCAGUACGGUCAGGUGGAGGUGCGCGCCAAAAUGCCCUCCGGCGACUGGUUGUGGCCAGCGGCGUGGUUGCUGCCCGCGAAAAAUGCCUACGGCACGUGGCCAUCGUCGGGCGAAAUCGACAUUACGGAGUCGAGGGGCAACCUGAACCUGCUGCAGGACGGAAAGAACAUCGGCUCGGAAAUGAGCGGCUCGACCCUGCACUUCGGGCCCUACGUCGGUCUGAACGCGUACGAAAAGGCGCACUGGGAAAAGUCGACCGCCGCCGGACAGGGCUUCGACAAGGAUUUCCACAACUUCCAGAUGGAUUGGACCCCUGACUUCAUUAGAUUCGGAAUCGACGGAGAAGAAAUUGGAAGAAUUGAUCCCGGCGUGGGCGGGUUUUGGGAAUACGGAGGAUUUGCUGCCGACGCGCCCGGAGUCGAAAAUCCCUGGAGGUUCGGCACAAAGAUGGCUCCCUUUGACCAGCAGUUCUACAUCGUAUUGAACUUGGCCGUAGGCGGAGUCGCGUACUUCCCGGACACCGCAGUGAAUGGCAACGGCGGAAAGCCUUGGCUCAACACCUCGCCCCAGGCCGCCGCCGACUUCUGGAACGGACGGGGCCAGUGGCUGCCCACCUGGAACCUGGAUGUGAACGAAGGCGAGGCGGCCGCCUUGCAGAUCGAUUACGUCAAAGUCUGGGCGCUGUGAAACACUUACUUCCGCCACACCGGAAGACCCUAAUGCUUCUCUCCAACAAUAAUAAAUAUUCCAUUCAUGAA